AUGGAAGCCAGGAAGAGAGGGAGGCCUGAAGCCAGCGGCAACUCUAAUGGUGGAUUCAAGAAAUCUAGACAAGAAAUGGACUCGUUAUCAACCGGUGUAGGAAGCAAAUCGAAGCCAUGCACCAAAUUUUUCAGUACUAACGGGUGUCCAUUUGGUGAGAGCUGCCACUUCUUGCACUAUGUACCGGGUGGUUACAAUGCGGUCUCCCAAAUAAUGAAUCGGUCCUCCGCCCCUCCCAUGCCGAGGAAUAUCACUACCCCACCACCUAUGUCCUAUGGCAACACGCCUCCUGGUCCUCCCUAUGGUUCUUCUUCCUCCUCCCCUUCAAUCAAAAACCGCAUGUGUAACAAAUACAGCAGUGCAGAAGGGUGUAAAUAUGGCGACAAAUGCCAUUUCGCACAUGGUGAGUGGGAGCUUGGAAGGCCAGUUCCUCCAUCUCAUGACGAUCCUCGGAUGAUGGGUGGGCCUAUGCCUCCGAUGCAGGGGCGUAUGGGAGGGAUGCGAAUGGACCCACCACACCAACCUGGCCCGGUCCCCGGGUUUGGCGAUACAGCAACUACCAAAAUCAGUGUGGAUUCUUCCCUCGCGGGAGCCAUUAUUGGGAAAGGCGGCGUGAAUUCCAAGCAGAUAUGUCGGCAGACUGGCGUGAAGCUUUCGAUCAGGGACCACGAGACGGACCCCAACUUGAGGAACAUUGAGCUCGAUGGGACCCUCGAGCAGGUCGGCAGAGCUAGCGCAAUGGUGAGAGAGCUGAUCGGGAACGUUGGUCAUGGAGGUGGUGGGCAUGGGAGAGGAGGCCCAGGAGCUUCUGGAGAGAAGCAGCAUCCAGGUAGCAAUUACAAGACCAAGAUAUGUGAUAACUUUAACAAAGGGACUUGCAGUUUUGGUCAGAGAUGCCACUUUGCUCAUGGUGCUGCCGAGUUGCGGAACUCGGGUGCAGGAGGAGUGUGA